GCAUCGAGCAAAUCCCAGCAACGAUUUAGAAUAGUUGCACGUGUGAUAGGGUUUUAUUUCGCGCGCGUGCGCGCACGCACACCUAGGGUUCUCGCUCCUCGAACUUCGCUUUGGAAUGUCAUUUUCGACGUCAGUUUGGCUCCUGCAUAUGUUAUGGAUGUAUUCAGCUCAAAAACAUGUCCUUGUAGGCCGUCCAGAAGUUUGGGCUGCAUAUCGAUAUUAAUUGGAGCGAUGGAGGCGGAAGUCAAGCCAUGCUGCGAAAGGGGAACCAAGGCAUUUUGCGCGCUUGUACUUCAGCACACAAAAGUGACAGUUCUGUCAGAGUGAAGCGUCUGCGAUGGGUAUCUCGCGCAUACAGACGUAGUUCUUUGACGGUCAAAAUGGGAACAUCUUUUCUUUUAUGUCUUCUGGUAAUUUGCAGCUAUACUUUCUGUGAAAAAACACAUUGGUCUUCUUCUAGUGGAGAUAUUGUUAAUUUCGCAUUUGGAAUUCAUAAACUGUUCGUCCAAACGGAUACAUGGAUUUAUCAAAUGAGUCUCGACUUCACUCUGGAAAUAUCAAAUGGAACAAAUUAUAACACAAUGGUGACUCUGGUCCCAUUUCUGGGUAACGGGUCUUUGAUCGUCUGUGGCUCAUCAUCCAACAACCCAUACUGUGAAGUUCUUGACAUUAAUGAUAUCUCGAAAAGGACACACAAGGAAGGUAUAAGCAUCGGGUCAUUUCCGAAUGUAGCAUUUUUAAUUGGCGAUCACUCUGGCGAAUUCUUGUUGGUGGCCAUUAAACACUCGACACGGACUGACGAGAUCGACGCGUUGGUGACUUUGCGGUCAACAAGCGAUCAACAACCUGGGGGCAUAUUUUCCAAAUCAGAUUCUCAAGGUACGGCAGCCAUUAAGCCUAUUGACGGCACGGCCGUCGAAGUGGUGGAUGGCUUCGAGCUUACUACAUCCCCUGAGGUGUAUCUAUUCGUAAAUGUCAUGAAUGGGUCCACCGUGAAGCUUUUGAGCCUUGACAGCAGCAAGACCCAAAAGUUGCCAUCACCCAAAACGAACACGAUCGAUACCCUGCAAGGUGCUGUCCUGCAGUGCUACGCUGGAGAGUCGUGGAAACUUCUAUCUUCUGCCGUUAUUCCCGGAGUCUCCCCCGUACUUUGGGCAGGUGUCUUUGAGAACAAGACGAACCCUUCUGACUCCGUUGUGGCGAUUUUCAACAUCAGCCGAUCUCUCACAGGCAAAGUUUCCGGUUUCUGUAAAAAUACAGAAAGGUGUGACAAACAGCCUGAGGAAAUCACAGAUAAACACAGAGAUAAAGUCUUGACGUCUGCAGCGCUUCUGCUGAAGAAAAGCUCUAUAAGAUCAGUUGCUGCCUUGAGAAGCAACUAUUGGAUUGUGCUUUUCUGUGGCACUGAAACUGGAUUACUGAUCAGGGUUGUUCUGGAUCAAUCCUUCAAACCUGGCUGCCCUACAGUGCUCUACAGCUCACAUGAGGAGCAACUGUUUUCACGCAAGAUGCUCUUUAAUCCAGUCAUUCACACACACAUUUACCUGGCACAAGGCACACAGAUGAGGAAGAUCCCUAUUGCCCAGUGUGAUGUGUAUCGGUCUCUAAGUGACUGUUGGUCUGCAAUCGACCCCUUCUGCGGAUGGUGUGUGUCUGACCACAAAUGCACAUUUGAACACGACUGCUCCAUCUCUGACUGGCUCUCAGUUCCUGGUACGGCCAAGAAGAGGGAGGUCAUUUCUGUCCACAUGAACAGAGAUGCUGCUGGACAGGACAUCGUGGUGACAGCUUCCCCCAACCUGAAUGAGAGCAUCAGUUUCUCAUGUUCAAUAGAGGAGUGUGUUAGUCCUGGUCCUGUCGCCUGCUCCUGCAGCUUUUCCAGCGAUAGCUUCCCUGCCGAAGGACUCAGUAUAAAAGUCAACAUCACGGUGCAGAAGGAGACACAUAUUCAAAAGAUCCAUCUGAAGAACUGUUCCAGUAUCAGAGGAGCACCAACUUCUGCUCUGUGUAAGGAGUGCAUCUCUGCUGGGUGUGAGUGGUCUUCUUCUGGGUCUGAGUGCGGCUGGAGAUCGCCUACUGCAAGCUCUUCUGCCGACACACAGGAUGUGUGUGAGGGACUCCCAUCUGUGCAAAACGAGACAAAGCCAGAGAUUUUGUCUAUGACACCCAGUGAAGUUUCAAUCCAUGGCCGAAAGGAUGCCAUCAUCACUGGAAAGAACCUGAAAUCCAUUACCAAGGUCCGUUUCCAAGGAACGUUGGACUGCACUCCUAAAGAGUCACAGGUGCUCUAUUCUACCAGCGGUGGUUCUGAAUUUCUGAAGUUCGACAUUCCACGUGGAACCAAAGGCACGGUGAGAGUGUGCGUGUUGACGCCAGAUGACCAGUGUCACGGCACCGCCAAACUCACAUACGACGCUCCGCCCACCUGCAGGAGUCUACAGCCAAAGACCACAUGGGCAAGCGGUGGCAGGAAUAUUUCCAUUCUGGGUUCUAAGCUGAAGUUUGUGGAGCAGGUCUGGCAUGAUAACUCUCCUCCUGCCAUGACCCCUGAACUCAUCUCUGAGACUCACCUCAAGUAUAUCUCCCCAACUUUUCAUGCACCUGGGGAAGUGUCUGUGGAUGUAAGUGUGGGUAACCAGUCAGUGAGGUGCUCACAGAAGCUCUCCUAUCUCCCAAAUCCCCAAUUUACCGGUUUCACCGCCACGCCAACCGGCAAUAACUUGGAUAUCGUCAUACAGAAAACAGCUGACUCCCUGGGCUUGAACGUAUCUGAGAUUCAGGUGGAGGCCCUGUCCGGGGGAGAAGAGUCAUACGAGUGCGAGGUGCAAGAUAUCGAGCACAGCGAUGCGGCCUCCUCCGUGAUCUGCGAGAUUAAUGGCAAGGCAAGACUCAGCAUAGAGACUAUCAAGAUCACGGUUGGAGGGUUCUCACACACCCUGAAGAAGCAGCAGAACCUUGGCUACAUCAUCCCGAUCCCCAUCGUCAUCAUGCUUGCACUCUGUGUGGUGUUGGUGGUUCUGUACUUGAACAGGAAGAAGCAGAAGAUGAUGAGGAAGCAGAUGAGGAGGGAGCUGGACGACAUCGAGUGUGACAUUCGCAACAAGAUCCGAGAAGGUUUUGUGGACAUGCAGACGGAGCGCUCAGAGCUGAUCUCCAGCACAGCAGCCAUACCCUUCCUGGACUACAAGCACUUUGCUUCUAGAAUCUUCUUUCCUGAGGGUGGACCUUUAUCUACUGCCAUGAUGAAUGACGUCAACCAGCUGUCCGUGAAGGAGAAGCAGGAGCAGAGCUGUCACAUGCUGUCGCAGCUCCUCAGGGACCAGCUCUUCCUCACCUCCUUCGUACACGCCCUGGAGGAGCAGAAGAGCUUCCAAGUCAAAGACAAGUGCAUGGUGGCAUCACUGCUGACGUUGGCGCUGCACGAUGACCUACCAUAUCUGACACAGGUGAUGGAGCGGCUGCUGUCGGAGCUGAUGGAGCAGCCGAGUAACGCCCAGCCCAAGCUGCUGCUGCGCCGGACCGAGUCCAUCGUGGAGAAGCUGCUCACCAACUGGAUGUCCAUCUGCCUCUAUGGAUUCCUCAGGGAGUGUGUGGGCCAGCCGCUGUACCUGCUGGUGUGUGCCCUGAUGGAGCAGACUAGCAAAGGGCCGGUGGACUCCAUCACUGGCAAGGCCCUCUACACCCUCAGCGAAGACUGGCUGCUCUGGCAGGCACAGGACUUCAAGCCACUGAGGCUGACAGUGCUGUUUGCGGUGGGCACGGAGGGCGAGGUGAGUGAGCCGCUGGAGAUCUGUGCGCUGGACUGCGACACCGUGGAGCAGGUCAAGGAGAAGAUCCUGCUCACCUUCCACCGCAAGUUCGGCUUCCGCUACACACAGCAGCUGCGUGACAUCGACAUUGAGUAUGAGCGUGAGGGCUGCUACAUGGCGCUGCAGGAGGUGGACAGCUCCACGGAGGUGAAGGGAAACGUCAUCAAGCUCAACACCCUCAAGCAUUACAAGGUCGCUGAUGGGUCCACUAUCAAGGUGAUCACCAGGAAGAUUGAUUCACCCAAAAGCCCUACACAAAGCCUCAAAGAGGAGCCUGACUUCGAGACCAAAUACUGCCAUCUGAUCGAUCCUGAAGUUAUGGACGACCGAUGUGCAGAGACGAAAAAGCUCAAAGUUAAAGAGAUAUAUUUGCCAAAGCUGCUUUCCACUAAGGUGGCCGUGCACUCCCACGUGGAGAACCUCUUCCGCACCAUCUGGGGGACGUCCAAUAACAACCGGCCUCUACAUGCCGUCAAGUUCUUCUUUGACUUCCUGGACGGCCAGGCCGAGAGCCGCAAGAUCAGCGACCCUGAUGUGCUGCACAUCUGGAAGACCAACAGCCUGCCGCUGCGAUUCUGGAUAAACAUCUUGAAGAACCCUCAGUUCGUCUUCGACCUCGAGAAGACGCCACACCUGGACGGCUGCCUCUCCGUCAUCGCCCAGGCCUUCAUGGACGCGUUCUCCCUCACCGACCAACAACUGGGAAAGCACACCCCAACCAAUAAGCUUCUCUACGCCAAAGACAUCCCCCUGUACAAGCAGGAGGUGAGGGCCUACUACAAGCGCGUCCAGGAGCAGGCUCCUCUCAGCGGCCAGGACUUCAAGGACUUCCUGCAGGAAGAGUCGAGGAAGCACGAGCAUGUGUUCAAUGAGUCGGUGGCCCUAUGUGAAAUCUACAAGUUCAUGCAGCGCUACUUUAACCAGAUUGAGCAGAAACUGGAGCAGAACAGUGCGCCCCCCAGGCUGAAGGAGGAGCUGCAUGAAGUGAGACGGCUGUUUGAGAGCAAGAAGAAAACCUCCUGGGAGUGAGGAGGACACCUCGGGUGCAUUCCAGUAUGCAGACCCCCGUCCUCCACUAGUGCUUGUGGCCUCGCAUAUUGCUGACGCCCCGCCUCUGUGGAGAAGACAAUACAGUUUCCCCGCUGUCAACCUAGCCACAACAAUUUUUGGGGGACACAGUUCUUCGCUCACCAUCCCAAUUGCAAAUGAGGAAAGGACAUUAGAAUUGAGCUUUUGCAAGAUAUUGAAUUAUUUUCUGUCGUCGGUGACAUCAUGAGGGCAGAAGCAGGCAAGUGUGUAAGGAAGGACAGAAGUCCACAUAUUGGAAUGCACGCUUUAUGUGACGGCACAUGCCCCAGGUGUUUGCACUGACAGGGGGAUUGUUGCGUGGGGUGGCGGGUGGCAGUGUGGGGUGGAGGUUAUCAUAGGUGGCCAAAGUUAAAUGUAGAAGUAAAUGUAUGGUGUAAGUACUAGCACAUGAUGUUACAUAACGGUUACACGGUUGAUCCAAACAGCACAGAAUCAAGUACAUUAUUUUAUAGUAACUGUAGACCAGCUACUCAGUGAAUUUACUUGUGUUGGAAGGAAACUAUGGCAGGUUUUUGUUUUUUACUUUACUCUACUUUUACUUUGGCCACCUCUGGAGAUGGUGAGUGGUGUAGGUAUGGCCUUAGUUUCUUAUGUACAUGAGUGGCUGAUAACCUGGUUAAGAGUGGUCGGUUUUCCAAGCUGGGUGGCUGACUCACAGACCUGCACAUCGAGAUGAAAUCGCAUCCAUUUUUAUGUAAAUCAUAUAUUUUUUUAACUUGCGCUCAGCUUGUGCUGUUGCACUGACUUGUACUUACUUGUAUAUUGUUGGCUUAUUAUUUGUCUUUCUCUGGCUUUCUCGCCUAUAUGUAUUUUUCCCACCUUGUAACGACAUACGUACAUUUAUCAUGUAUCUUGUCUUACAUCAUUAUAAUUAUUAUAAUGUAUGUAUAUUAGGCCUUGACACUGGGACCUGCCAACCGGCCAAAUGCUGGUAAAACUUGGCUGUGGCUGGUAACAAGUUCAGUGUCACUCACUAGCCAAUUUGGCAGGUAGCUUAUUCUAUGGUAUGACAUAUCAGAAUAGCGUAUAUUCUGCACUUUGCCCCUUUGUAUCAAUUCAAGUUCAAGAAAAAGCUCAGUUACUCAG